AGUUGUCAAAGGAGACGGUUUCUGCCAGGAAGUGGGACGAAUGAAGUUCAUUUUCCACAGUUGGUGAUGGCGGAUGUUGAAGUAGACACCAUGAAGAAUUACCACAUAGCGUUUGAGAGAAUUAACCCAGACACGAGUCGCUAUCCUUACUGCAUUGUAUGGACACCUAUCCCCGUGCUGUCAUGGCUGCUUCCCUUUAUUGGUCAUAUGGGGAUCUGUACUUCCUCUGGAGUGAUCAGGGACUUUGCUGGACCCUACUUUGUCUCGGAAGACAACAUGGCUUUCGGGAGACCGACAAAGUACUGGAUGCUGGAUGUCAGCAAGGUUUAUGCAAGUGGGUCGAACGCUUGGGACACAGCAGUCCAUGAUGCCUCGGAGGAGUACAAAAACAGGAUGCACAACCUCUGCUGUGACAACUGCCAUUCCCACGUUGCCAUGGCGCUGAACCUGAUGCGCUAUGAAAACAGCAACUCAUGGAACAUGGUUAACCUCUGCUUGCUGUCGCUCAUCCAUGGCAAGCACAUCAGCUGUGCAGGGUUCCUGAAGACUUGGUUGCCUUUCCUUAUGUUGACAGGGGUCAUACUUACAGUAGCCCUGACCCUUAACCUCCGGUGACUGGUGUGGUGGGCAACCACCAGGGGUCCAGAGGAACCCUGCAGGUUGGAUGUGGGCUUGACCUUCCAAGUGAGGGGGGAGGUGUCGCUUUGCUGGACCCUCUCAAACAGGACUACUCAUGCCGGAAUCCAACCAUGAGAGGAAAACCUAGAGCAUCCGACAUUUACAACAACAACAAUGACUGUUUGUUUCUCUGAACAGGCAACCUGUCACUGGUGCCACCCUACUGUUGAAGCAGGAAUACAUUUGGAAGCCAAUUUCUUUUUGUUUAUUGUUUUGGGUUGAUGUUAGUGGUGCUGAUGUGGAUUUUUGAGCCCCCAACCACCAUAGUUGAUUGCUAAUAAAACCCAAUGGGGAGGGGGUGAGGGGGGAGGGUGUUGUCUAUCAACACUUAUCAAUUAGAAAUGAAGGUGGUGUAGCGGCAACAAUAAUUCUGGGGGAGUUGUAUUCCCUAACUCCAGUCGGUAAACAUCCCUUUUUUAAUUCAUUUUUGAAGCAUCUACUAAGUAAUGAAAGGUGACCACGGUCCCUUGAUCUAGUGCUUCCUAUAUUCCAUUGUUAUGUUUUGUAAGAGAAACAUGAUAUUUCACUCAAAUGCCUUUCAAGGAAUGUAUUCUGCUUGGUUUGACACAGAUCUUGUACUGCUGUGUAAUGCUUGAUUCUCCAGAAAGUUGUGUUGCAAUGCAUUGUAUUUUUCUGAAUUCCAGGAUACCUCUGUAUCAUAUCUAACUUUUAUGAAAUGUUUCUAUAUUGUGUCGGAAGUCUAGGUGAUUUUGUAUUUUCAGACCCGUUUUGUCAUUGCUCUACACUAAAAGGCUGAAUGUAUAGAUUUCAGAUCCUGUUAACUGCAGAUUAUUGAAUGCCCUUCUACAGACAGUGCUGCUACAGCCAUGACAACCAUUGCUGCUGACUCAGUUGUAAUUCUGGUUUACACCUGCAGAUAUUGGAAUGGUAUGCCUGACUGGAAUGCUUGAGAAUUCAUUUAUGUAAGAGGUUUGUGCCAAAAGUAGGAUGGGAGACCCAGAGAGGGAUCAAAGCAUCUUGAUCAUGUCAAACUGUGUCCCAAAAGAAUCCUCACCGCUAAUGAAACACCUGAUUGAUUUCAUUUUGGGAUGACAGGUGGAAAGAAGAACAAUGAAAAGGCCUUCGACUUAGUAAUGAAACCCUAGCCUGUACUUUGUCAUUGUGUUUACAAAGAGAGACCUACGUACUCAUUCUUUGUUAUUGCUUAUAAAGAGCAAAAGUAGUACAUAAAUCUGG